AACCCUUUCCUUCAGGAGAGGAUUAAGACAGUGAGAAAUAUGGUCGAGUCAGAACUGGCCGAUUCCAUCACUAAAGUCGCCGAGGAGAGGAGGAUCGCGGACGAGCAGAUGUGCGAGAGCACACUCGUGAGGGCGAAGAGACACCAGGAGGAGGCCGAGGCGGAGUUCAGGCAGAAGCAGGAGAAGAUGAAGAACGAGCUAAAUGCGGAGUGGGAGGACAAACUCCGCUCCGAAUGCUCGAGGCUCAAGGGCGAGCUGGACGGCCUCCACGCCGAGGAGAAGCACCUGGCGGUUGAGUCGAUGAAGGUGCAGAAGGAGCAGGAGAUCCGGGCGCUGAAGCAGUCGUGGGAACUUCGUCAGGAGGAAAUGACCAAAGAGAUUUCGACGCUGAAGGACAGCUUGACGGAGAAAGACGCCUAUUACCACAAGGAGAUGGAGAACAUGAGAACUAUCGCCGACCGUGACAUCUGGGAACUCCGCCGCAAGUAUCAGAAGCUGGACGAGAAAUCUUGGUCGCAGAUGGAAACCUUGCAGGAGAAGCAUCGGGAAGAAAUGGACCGCCUUCGAGAGGAACACGAAGAACGCGUGAAGGAACUGGAGGCUCGACUGAACGCGGCCACGUGUCAGCUGCCAGACGAUGAUGCAAGAGUUCAGAUGGAGAAGAUGUACAAGGAACAGGUCGAGCAUUUGACUGAACAGCAGACUCUCAGCAUGGAGAGACUACGUGAGGAGCUGGAAGCCGAGAAAUUCAGAGCCGUGGAGGAGGCGCGCGUGCUCGUGUCGAAGCACCUCGAGUACGUGAACGCCACCCUCAGAGAGCAGCUGACAGAGGCCGUCACCAGUAAUAACAUUUACCGACAAGAGAGCGAGGCGAUGCGCAUGGCCCUCCAGCGUCGCGAGGAGGUCAUCCAGAGCCUGGAGGAGGACAUGGCCAAGCUGAAGGCGGAGUAUGGCCUCAACAAGAGUCCCUCUCACCCUCACUACAUGGCCUCCCAGAGCUCCCUGGCCUCCUCCAACGACUCCAGCAGCACCUCCUCCAGUAAUUCUCAGGACCGCGUCAGCCUGUCGGAGUCCAUAGGGGCUUCGGCAGAGGAGGAGGCGCCCAAGUCGGGCGGUAGCGGUCUCCUUGGCAAAGUAUUCGGAGGCGGUUGGUUUAGCAGCUCGAAGGCCAAGGAAACGCCUCGAAGGGGAAGUGCGCCCUCUACGGGUAAUCAGUCAAAAACUUCAACGUAGUCCUCACCACCUACUCGAAGAUGCCUCCCCCUUACACUCCCUCCUUAUACACACUCAUACACACCCCUCCUUAGUGUUCCGAAAGGGGCGGUGUGUACUCGUGUGUGUGUGGGGGGGAGGAGCCACAUAAAAGGGGCGUGGCUGAAUAUUUUCGUCUGACGUCAUCAGCAGCAGAGAUCGUCCGAAUGGCUUGUCUGUUAUUCUCUGUUUCUCUCUUUUUAAUUCUGUUUCGUUUCUUUUUUUCUUCGUCUGUCAUUAAUUUCUUGAUGUGCUCAUGUCGUGGGCUCCUGGAUUCAUUUUUCAAAAGGAAUUCAUUUACUUUUAUUGGAAUUUGAGGACUUCAUCCUAUUCUGACUGACUUCGAUGUUGAUCUGAUUCCAAUUUGAUUUUUUUGUUGAUAUGGAGAACUAUAGAAAAGAACCGAAAAAACACCAAAAGGUAAAGGAAAUCAAAACGUUCUGAAAAGCGAGCUCAUGAUGGCACAGAGAAACGCUCUCCGGUUUUCCUUUCAAGUAUCUGUAAACUCUCUUCAGGCGACGUUUUUUCUCUGAUGACAUUCUUAUUCCACAAAUGGUAUGGAGAUUUUUGUCUUAUAUUUAUUGCUUUUACAAUGU